UGUCAACCCCACCAAUGCGUCUGGUUACUUGUUGGUAGCUGGACUCAACCUCUGACAAAUCAAUCGCCACAGUCGAAUCUAAAUAUGGACGGUGCUUUCCGGAAAAUCAAUAUCGACCUGCUCGAGGAGGACGUGCUGCUCCCUUCCGACCUCUAUGAUCCCGACCCAAGGGGUGUUGAGGGGGUUUUGGCAGAUGCGAAGAACAGGAGUGGGGAAGUUCGAGGUCUCGUAUCAAAGGGUGACAUCGCGUCGGCUUUGAACGUUAUCCUCACCGAUUGCCCUUACGGUGAGGACGUAGACGAAGCCAAGGACAUAACGACAUCUGCCCUGCUCUUGAUCCUGAACUCGACCCGGUCGACCGAUAUCAGCAAUCUCGUCAAGGGGUUGAGCGGCGAUCACCAGGACCGCCUUAUGGCAUACCUAUACAAAGGGAUGGCCAACUUGGGCGAGAAGAGCGAGAUCAGCGGUUCGGUCCUGUUGUCGUGGCACGAAAAGCUGACCGAGGUCGCCGGCGUCGGCUGCAUCGUCCGUGUCAUGACCGAUCGCCGCAUCGUUUGAAGGACGUCUCGGCAAACGCCGCGUCCCUCUCCGAUCUCUGUUGUAUUGUGGUAUACGAAACG